CCUCCGCGCCCGCCGGCGCCGCGCCGCCGCCCUCUGACAGCGCCCGGUGCCGAUACCGGCAGGGCCUUUGCACUGAAGCCAAGUGAAGAACCUCAUAACUGCGCUACGCGCCCUGCAACUCAGCAAAGACUUUCAGCAAAGCACUCCUGCCCCGAGGAAGGACCUCCAGCACCGCUGAGCUCUGUGCCCUGCCCUAUCUGCCCGUCCCCACAUUGAGGCAGGUGCUCAGCAGCUGCUUUUCUCCUGUCCCACCUGACUGCUCCCCACCAUGUUCCAGCGUCUCACCAGCCUCUUCUUCAGUGACAGCAGCACACCAGAGGGCCUGGAGGAGCCCAAACCCUUUGUCUCGGAGGAGGAGGAGGAGGAUGGAUGGCUCAUAAUCGAGCUUGGAGGCGGUGCUGCCCACCCCGGUGCACAGCGGCGGGCAGGGGCUGGUGGCCACGGGUGCUCGGUGCGGCCCCGUCCGGCACCACCACCUGCCUUGCCACCGGCCCCGGUCCCAGCUCACACCGGCAGCCCCACGCCCACCCUGCCCAGCCCCUGCUUGAUGGACGAGAGUUGGUUUGUCACCCCUCCCCCCUGUUUUACUGCAGAGGAGCCCGGCCCCGACGGCGUGGGCAGCAGCCCGAUGGAGGACCUGCUCAUCGAGCACCCCAGCAUGUCUGUCUAUGUCACCAGCACCCUCGAGCUGGAUGCAGAGGGACCUCAGGACGAUGCUGCCGGGGAGGUGCCGGAGCCCCGGCUGGAGCGGCACGCGCCGCACCGCAGCGCAUCGCUGUCAGUGAAGGCCGCCGUCCUGGAGAAGAUCAGCCAGGCACGGCGCGUGCAGCGGGCCAAGCAGCUGGCCGAGAAGCCGUGGCUCAGCCAGAAGGCGCUGCAGCGGCAGGACCGGGCCCGCCAGCGCCCCCCCCGCCGGGCCCGCCAGCGCACGGGGAGCUUCCUCCACCAGCCCUGCCAGCGCCACUGCAACUACUGA